GUUGCGGUUUACGGCGUGGCGCCAUUUUAAGAGCGAGCGCAGCGCGGAGAGGAAGAAAAAGAAAUCAGCAGCGAAUCGGACUCACGAAUCCGCGGCGCCGCCUUUAGAUUAUAACCCGCGCUGGGAGCACCUUUAGUAACUGCGGGAGAUCGUUUUACCCCGGAGAACGGGAGAAUAGUUUGGAGAUUGGAUGCGGAGCUGAGGUGAACCAUGACUCAGUUUCUGCCCCCGAACCUGCUGGCCUUGUUUGCCCCGCGGGACCCCAUUCCUUUUCUACCGCAGCUGGGGAAGCUGCCCCAUGAAAAGCACCACAAUCAGCCGUACUCUGGGAUCGCCCCUUUCAUCAAGCACUUUGAGGACCCUAGAGAUGCCCCGCCACCUACAAGAGCCGAAACACGAGAGGAGAGGUUGGAAAGAAAGAGGCGUGAGAAAAUGGAGAGGCGGCAAACAGUAAUGGAAGCGGAGCUGAAGUUGUGGGAUCCUCACAAUGACCCAAAUGCUCAAGGAGAUGCAUUUAAGACCUUGUUUGUGGCUCGAAUUAAUUAUGAUACAACGGAGUCCAAGCUGCGUCGUGAGUUUGAGGUCUAUGGCCCCAUCAAACGAAUCUACAUCGUGUACAACAAGAGGACCGGAAAACCACGCGGUUACGCCUUCAUUGAGUAUGAACAUGAGCGGGACAUGCACUCUGCCUACAAGCACGCAGACGGUAAAAAGAUUGACGGGCGGAGAGUUCUCGUGGAUGUGGAGAGAGGUCGCACUGUGAAAGGGUGGCGCCCCCGUAGGCUUGGUGGAGGUCUGGGUGGUACCAGAAGGGGCGGUGCAGAUGUCAACAUCAAGCACUCGGGCAGAGAUGACACUUCACGAUAUGAUGAUCGACCUAUUGGGGGUGACCGAGACCGUGAGCGUGACCGCCGCGAGCGCAGCCGGGACCGUGACAGAGAAAAGGAACGUGGGGAGCGUCGUCGAUCUCGCUCCAGGGAGCGCCGCCGGCGCACCCGGUCCCGCGAGCGCGAGAGGGGGAUCGGGGCAGGCGGGGAGGAGGGCGCCAGCAACCGGCGCAGGGAGAGAGAACGGGAGAGACCGGAGGGAGAGGGCAAGAGCCGAGAGAGGAGCAGAGACCGCGACAGAGAGAGGGACCGCAAGAGGAGGAGCAGGAGCAGGGAGAGGAGGAGGGACAGAGAGAGGGGGAAAGGAGCCGAAGGAGGAGAGGAGGGUAUGGUGGGCAUGGCGGACGGCAUGGGAGAGGGAGGAGAGAGGGGCAUGGAGGACCCCAGCGGAGGAGAGCUGGGACGAGGUGAGGAAGGAGGUAUUGAGGGAGAGGAAAGAGGGAGGGACAGGGAUAGAGAGAGGGAUCGGGACAGGGACAGGAAGAGAAGUCACAGGGAUAAAGACAGGGACAGGGAUAGAGAGAGGAGGAGGGACCGGGACAGAGACCGCGAGCAUAAACGAGACCGGGGUGACCGUGAACGAGGAGAGCGACGGGAGGAUAGACAUGCCUCUCUGCUGCCACCUUCUGGAGAUCACGAAGGAUUGGGUAACGGAGGUGAAGAAGGGGAAGAAUCCAACCCGCCGCAGUCCGAAGAAGGCUUUCAGGACGGGAUGGGCAUGAUGAUGGACCAAGACUCCAUGCAGUCUGGAGAAGGUUAUGCAUCUAAUGAAAAUGGUUACAGGAUGGAGGCCCAGGGUGAUGAAUACUAAGUACGUUGGGGGUCGCAGUCCACACUCUAAAAGUAGAUGUGUUUAAAAACGUGCAGAGCUAGUUUCCCAGAGCCUGGUCAGGGCUCCGCCUGGACUGAAAGAUUUUCAGUGGUGAAUCACCAUUGCUGUCACAAUUCACACAUCAGCUUUGAGAGUGCGGCGUCUAUGAAUAUUUUUUUUGUAGUAGUCUAUCGCAAGAGUCAUUUCAAGGUAGGAUGUAUUUAAGAAUAUGUUGGCUGUUGAUCUGAAGACCUCACUACUAAUGUCUCCCCCAGCUGCUUCAUCGUGUACAGUUUGUUUUGCCUUUCUUACUAUGUGGAUCACUUUGCGCCGGCCCCUCCUCCAACCAGGGACAAAGAUGUGUUUUUAAUCAAGAAUAUGUUGCCAUAGGUUCACAAAUUGCUCUCUUUCCUUUUUUUUUGUAAUUAGCUUUAAUUGUUUCAGAAGAGUAUGAAUGCUCUGUGAACCUGUCCCUCUUGUGGCAUUUUUUU